CAAGGAUUGAUUUGUUCAAUUUGUUCAAAACGCAGUCUUUAUUUACAAUGGAGAAGAGCACUGCAGACGCCAUGCAUCCCGAGCACAAAGUUGAGCCCGCCUCGUCGGCCGUCUCCACGAUAUUCAACAUCCCGUACCUCAUCUGGGAGUUUACAGAAAGCAAUUUCCCAACCUUUGUCAUCCCAAACACCACGUUUGGCAUUCUAGGAGCUCUCGCCGGCUCUCAUCUUGCAGAUGGCCAGCUGCCUUCGCUGUGGCAGGUCGCCCAAGCCCUCCCCCUAGUCGUCGCCUUCAACUGGUACAACGUCCUGAUAUUCGACCUCGCGAACCAGAGAUCCGAAGAGUCGGUUCGCGAAGAUCUCAUCAACAAGCCCUGGCGCCCGAUUCCGUCCGGCAAGAUAUCCGGAGACCAGACCAGACGAUCUAUGCUGGUGGCCGUCCCGAUCGCCCUCGCCCUCAACUACUGGCUAGGAGUUUGGAAGGAAGGUGUCUUCAUCCAGAUCCUGACCUGGCUGUACAACGAUCUCAAAGGUGGAGAUGAGGUAGUACGGGAUCUGAUUAUAUCUGUCGCAUACGGCUGCUUCAACCACGGUUCGCUGCGCAUCGCGCUCGGAUCACAGGCCACCGUCAACCAGGAGGGCUUGACAUGGAUCCUCAUCAUCAGCGGAGUCAUCCUUACGACUAUGCAGGUGCAGGAUCUCAAGGACCAGGAGGGUGAUAAAACACGGGGGCGUCUGUCCGUUCCCUUGCUCCUGGGCGAGCAGUUCUCACGCAUCUCCAUCGCCAUAGCUGCAGCUGCCUGGUCCAGCAUCUGCCCGUUCUUCUGGAAACUCUCGCCAUUGGCUUAUGUCGGACCAAUGGUAGUUGGGGCAGUCUUGAUGACGAGCGUCUUGUUUCGAAAGACGGUCAAGGCAGACGACCAGUCGUGGAAGAUUUGGUGUCUGUGGACAAUGUCUCUCUACACAUUGCCGCUGUUUACGCUAUCAUGACGGGUUGAUGCAGCAAUUCGACGAGUUACGCAAUUGAGUGUGGUGGCAGACAUUAUUUUGUUUCAGUCUUUCUUUUGUUACCCUUGAGGAAAAGUGUUUUUUUAUAUCUACAAUUGUUUGUAGCAGCGUUAUGUACGAUUAGCUUUCUCUUGUUCUCUUUUUAAAUAGGCUUGUAACAAAAUUAUAUAUCAAUAUCCUGCC